AAACAAUUUUUGCUGUUGUUCGUUACUUCUUUUCCUCUUCCUCGUUCGUCUUCUUCCUUUAGCUCGCUUGAUUUCCCUCGAUCAUACCCACUGAUCAACCCCAUGGCGUACGAGGACGAUCCUUAUCGUGAUGAGGACGGAGAGCCUUUGAUGGAUUACGACGAUAUACAAUCGGACGGAUAUCAAUCCCCUGGAGUUCCUGACGACUUUAUCGACGACGACGUUUCCAGAACUCCCGUCUAUGACGCGGACAAAUCCUCCAAGCCGAGGAAGAGGCUGGUGAAGAAGAGCGACGGCGGUAGAGACAGUUAUGCAGCUCCGCCGGAGCUAGUGGACGAGGACGAGGACGACCAAGGGUACGAUGCGAGGGAAUACUCUCGGGAUAGGGAAGGAUCGGCGGAAGGGAAGAAGAGGAGGAGAUUGGGAAAGGAGGGGAUAGGGGGCUCUGGCAAGGAGAGGAAGAAGUUGUUCUCCAAAGGGGAGAAGAGGUUUGGGAGUAGCUCUAAAUCCGGAGGAGGGAUGCCGAAGAGGGGAGCUUAUUCUGGAAGGUUAGUUGCUGGAAAGGAUGAUGGUGAGGUCAAGGAAAUGUGGGACACCAUUGCUGGUGGCGAUUCCGAGGAUGAUAAAGAAGGCUUGAGGACUAUGGAUGAUGAUAACUUCAUUGAUGAUACUGGUGUAGAUCCAGCCGAUCGGUAUGGAAGUGAUAAUGAACAACGGUCUCUCGGUGAUGUUCCUCAGGCAGAGGAGGGUGAAGAGGAUGAUGAAGUAAACCAGCUUUUUAAAAUGGGCAAGAAACGGAAGAAGAAUGAGAGAAGCCCUGCCGAGAUUGCAUUGUUAGUGGAGAAUGUCAUGGCGGAGCUUGAAGUCACUGUUGAAGAAGAUGUUAAACUAAAUUUGAGGGGGAAACCUGCUAUUAACAAACUAAAGAAGUUGCCUCUUCUUACUGAUGUUCUCUCUAAGAAGCAGCUUCAGCAAGAAUUCAUAGAUCAUGGAGUUCUGACGCUGCUGAAAAAUUGGCUUGAACCCCUUCCUGAUGGAAGCUUGCCCAACAUAAACAUCCGUGCGGCAGUUCUAAGAAUUCUAACUGAUCUUCCUAUUGAUCUGGAGCAGUAUGAUAGAAGGGAGCAAUUAAAGAAGAGUGGGCUUGGAAAGGUUAUAAUGUUUUUAUCAAAAUCUGAUGAAGAAACCACUUCCAACAGAAAACUGGCCAAGGAUCUGGUUGAUAAAUGGAGUCGACCAAUAUUCAAUAAGAGCACGAGGUUUGAGGACAUGAGAGGUGCUGAAGACGAACGUGCUUACAGAAGGCCACCACCAAGAAGACCAGCGAGCAAUUCUGUUGGGAUGGAAUCUAGAGAUGGUGAUCUUGAUUUGGACAUGGCACGGGGAAGGAAGUCUGGCCAGUCAUCAUCGUCAUCAUCCAGGCAACAACAGCUCACUACCAGGCCAGAAGCAACACCAUUGGAUUUCUUGGUCCGUCCACAGUCCAAGAUAGAUCCCGAAGAAAUUAGAGCACGUGCUAAACAAGCUGUACAAGAUCAACGGAGAAUGAAGAUGAAUAAGAAGUUGCAGCAGCUGAAGGCUCCAAAGAAGAAGAGUUUACAAGCUUCAAAGCUCAGUGUCGAAGGCCGUGGCAUGCUCAAGUACUUGUAAUGUUGCUGUACUCUCUUUGUCCUCUGCCAGCCUGAUCAUUCUCCCUCUGGGCUCCCCCCCCUUAUGUCUGAUCCGUAUGGUGAGGGACUCGACAUUCACAACGUUCAAGUCAAGCUGGUCCCUCGUUGGGAAAUCUCGUGCUGGCCGUCACUCGAUAGCUCGUGUGCCAUUGUUGCCGCAACUGGUUGCAAGUUGAUGGUCAUUAUCGACUGUCGGGUCGAGAUGAAUUCACGCUGCUUUUGCCUUCCCUUGUGCGAGAGUAAUAAGAACUAACCCUGUCUCCUGAUUUCUGCAAUUCUUCCUGGAGGGAACAAAGUAUAGGGUAAAGUAACCGAGUUGGAUUAUCUCCUGGGUAUAUUUAAGGAUCAAGUGCUGUUUUACGGGUGUCUUACAUAGCGGGUGGUUGUGAAUUGUGGUCAUUCGUUCGUGUACGCUACAAACGAGUUCAAUGUAAUGUUAAUUUGCUGCUGCAAGGAUUAGACUCCUGAUUGGAUUGUGAUCAUUAAGCCAUGUUUUGAUUUUUGGUUUAGAAUUAGCAUAUGAAUCUAGUUGGUAAUAGCUAGCUACGCAUUGGGAUGCCAGCUAAUCCAAAGUUAACCAUCUUCUACACCAUCUCUUGUCAAAUAAACUUUGCUUUAGUCUUAAAUAAGCUGUAAUACUUUAAUUAGAAAUCGAAGUGUAAUUAUCAGACUGAUCCAGGCUUGAUCCCAUAAAGUCAUGAUAGUAAUAUAAUAGCGUUUAAGAUAGUCUAAGGGCC